GUGGUUCACGUAAUGUGUUUUGACAAGGCAGAAGAAGAAGACAGAGGAAGGGGAAGUCACGGUACAUUAUUUUGUGUGGUUUUCCGGUUUCAGUAGUUCCUUUCGUUUCUGUUCAGUCUUGUUUCAUAUCUCUGUAUUUACUGUUGUAUUGAAUAAUUUAGCUGAUACGUCAUAUAUCUCGUCUAUAUAUACGAUGACUCAGUCAAACAGUAACAAUGUGGUGUAUUUGCAGACGGCAUUGAGAAAUUUGGAAGAACGCUACAAGAAACUUCAAAAUCGAGUUGAAUCUUUGCAAGUGGAAAAUGAAAGACUUGUCACAAGUCGUACAGAACUUGUAGUUGAAGUCGAGCGAUUACAGGAUCAGCAGAUCCGAUUGAGAGAAAGAAAUUUAAGACUUACACAAGAGUUUCAUUCCAAACAACAAGAAUGCUCACUCCUUGCAGAAAAGCUGACAAUGUUUGCCCGUGGCAGAGUUGGCAAUGCAUACAGAACAGACUCGGAAAGCUUCAAGUCAGAUCUGACAGAAGUUAAAGAAGAUCUUGAAGGAUCCCAUGACAGCCUUGUAACAGUUGAGCUUCAUGGUAGUGCUGAUUCCAGACCCAAAACACUUGAUGUCACAAGCCGCACAUAUUCAGAACCUAAUCUUAGUGCUAUUCAAAGAGAAUUGGAUAUGGUCCGUAAAGGGCUUUGGUCUCCAGCUUUAGAAAAUGGAAAAGGUGUAAUUGUCGAAGAACUUUCAUCUAAAAUACUGCACAGUUUAAAAAGAGGACAAGGUGAACUUGAAGAGCAGUGCUCAAGAAUGAUGGAAAUUCAACAAAACUCGAUGGAAGCAGUUCAGGAACUUUCUAUUCUAUCAGAUGAAACUGAUGAUACAGAUCCCCUGGAUCAUGUUCAACAUUGUACACAGGCUGCACUUGCUCUGCAAGAAAAGCUACAAGGUCAAAACAUAAAAUUGCGUCAUCUACAUCAAAUAUUGAAAAUUACAUCUGCCAAUGAAACGGGAGCAGCAAGUGUCGUAACGCAAACUAGUUUCGAUAUGCAUGCACCAGAUUUGAGCAAUUCGUCGGUGUGGAAAAAUAUGAACCUUCAGGAUCGCAUUUGCCCUCUGUGUGAAAAUAUUUUUUCUACGGUUAUAUCUCAAGACGAAUUCGUUGAUCACGUAAUGUCACAUUUUGAUGGGGAAGGUCAUAUGCCUGACUUCGAAAUUCUUAGUAUGAGUACUUGAAUCAAUUACUUCUGUGAUAUUUUGAAAAUUCCGAAAACUUGGCAAAAAUUAAUCAACGAAAUACUUCCUUAAAUUCUGUGGGCCUUUGCAAUUUUUCCUGUUCAACUUAAAAUCCUCCUGUUAUUACUACAAACAGAACAGCUAUUUAUUACUAUCGUGGUUUAAGCUAUACUAUGGUUUUAUUUAUCGGUACCUUAUUAAUAAACUGCGUUUUCAAAUC